AUGAUUGCUGGAGCUUUUUCCGGUCUUGUAUCACGGUAUUCCUGUUCCCUCUCUUCCCUACCUUUUCUUCCCCAGGCUGACACUUGCUCCUUGACCCCCAGGUUCGUCAUAGCCCCCCUAGACGUCAUAAAAAUUCGCCUCCAACUCCAGCCAAUUCCAACCUCCACUCCAACCAUCCAAACCACCACCCCCUCCGCCCUCGCAUCAGCACCACCACCACCACCUCUCUACCGCGGCAUUCUACCCACCCUCCUCCGCAUUCUCCGCGAAGAAACAAUAACCGGUCUAUGGAAGGGCAAUAUCCCCGCGGAGCUCCUCUACAUAACCUACGGCGCCGCCCAAUUCCUCACAUACCGACACUUGACCACGACCCUCGAUUCACCCUUUUAUGCCCUCCCCCCCUCGCUCAAAUACUUCGUCUCCGGUGGUCUCGCCGGCGCCGCGGCGACCACACUCUCAUAUCCAUUCGACCUCCUGCGCACACGCUUCGCCGCCCAAGCCAACGGCGACCGCAGAAUCUACACCUCCAUCCUCCACUCCAUCCGCCAGAUCCGUCGGAGUGAGGGCUAUGCCGGCUUCUUCCGCGGCUGGGGUGCCGGGGUGACGCAGAUUGUGCCGUACAUGGGGCUGGUCUUCAUGACCCACGAGGCCACCAAGAAGUUCCUCGGUGACAAACUCGAUUCGAACUCUAAAACCCUGGACGCGGUCUCGGGAGGGCUCGCCGGGGUCGUUGCGAAGACGGGAACGUUUCCGCUGGACCUCAUCAGGAAGCGACUGCAGGUUCAGGGCCCCACGAGGACUAGGUAUCUCCUCGGCGACCGGUUACCAGUUCACACCGGAGUUUUGGGGACCGCCAGGGACGUGCUCAGGGUUGAGGGCGUGCGGGGAUUGUACAGAGGACUCGUGGUCUCGCUGGUGAAGGCGGCGCCGUUAUCCGCGGCCACGAUGUGGAGUUUCGAAGUUGCCAUGGGGGUAUUGAAAGGAUCGGAUGAGCAUGAGGACUAGCCACCGGUACCAUACUAUUUUUUAGCUGAGGGGGGGGGAUUGUAGAUUUCGAGAUGCUGUUCUCUUUUCUUUCUCCACCCCCCCUCUCCCUCUCCUACACCUAGAUUUAUAUAAUGCCCGUGAACGAUACACUCCCCCCCUUCCCACCAUUACAGAACUACGUAAUCUAGAAACCUAAUCACAUAGCAUCACUCGGA